AUGACGGAUUACGCAUUGGUGCGCGCAAGAAGCGCAAUUUUCCCUCGUUCGUCUUCUUUGGACAGAAGUCCUAGUCUUCUGGUGACACGCAGUCGCUCGCUCAGCGAUCUUGCUGGGUACUACCGUUGGAGUGAUAAGUACAGACCACAGUGGCAUACUGUGUAUCAGUACACACCGUACAGAUGGCGCCGCGAUUGGGAAUUGUACGACGACUACUGGUACGACCGUUACUACUACUUCUCGCCACUGUACAGUUCUACGUACUCUCCUUAUAAACGAUACUAUUACAGCGACUAUCUACCUAACCCAUAUUACUGGAGUCCGUACUCCAGUUAUUGGACUCGCUACAAGGGUUACUGGUACGACUACGACUACCCAUACUAUUACCGCCGUUACUGGAACUCCGCCUACUACAGAUAUCUCAACAACACCUACUAUCCGUACAGCACUACACAUGUGAAACUUCACAAGCAUAAUAUCAGUGAAAUCCAUCCAGCAAAAUUGAAAACGAAAAAAAUAGAAGGGAAGAAAAGACUGAAUACCUAUGACGUCCUACCUACUGGAUUCUCUCUCGACUUCCCUUGGUCGUCGAUAUUUAUGGUACUACUAAUCCGUUUUCCCCGCUUUACCUGUACACUAGAUAUUGAGAAAAAGGCCUUAUACCGUACCGUACGCUUGACACAUAUUGGCUGA